UGCGCAUUGCAUGAUUUCCUGAGUGGUUGGCGACCGCGGCCAUUUUGUAGACCCUUUAGUUCAACGCCCCCCUCCCCCCUCAGCGUUCUACUGAAUCCUACCUCGGGGGCUGCCGAGGCCUAAGAAAAAACGAGAGGCCUGAGGCGGUUCGUUUUUUAUUUAUUUAUUUAAUAGCGUCUCGGAGUCUUCAUACGCUUCCUCCCCCUUCGGUGCAACAUCCUGGCUCUGCCUGGGAGCAGCUUUCCCGUAGCAUGAUGGAAGACGACGGACAGCCCAAGACCCUCUAUGUAGGAAAUCUUUCCAGAGAUGUGACCGAAGUCCUUAUACUUCAAUUAUUCAGCCAAAUUGGACCUUGCAAAAGCUGUAAAAUGAUAACAGAGCAACCCGAUAGCAGAAGAGUCAACUCUUCUGUUGGAUUUUCUGUUUUGCAGCAUACAAGCAAUGACCCUUAUUGCUUUGUGGAAUUUUAUGAACACAGGGAUGCAGCUGCUGCAUUAGCUGCUAUGAAUGGGAGAAAAAUUUUGGGAAAGGAAGUAAAAGUUAACUGGGCAACAACACCAAGUAGUCAAAAAAAAGAUACUUCAAAUCAUUUUCAUGUAUUUGUGGGAGAUUUAAGUCCAGAAAUAACAACAGAAGAUAUUAAGUCAGCAUUUGCUCCUUUUGGUAAAAUAUCGGAUGCACGAGUAGUUAAAGAUAUGACAACAGGAAAAUCAAAAGGAUAUGGUUUUGUAUCAUUUUAUAAUAAAUUGGAUGCAGAAAAUGCAAUUGUGCACAUGGGAGGCCAGUGGUUAGGAGGUCGUCAGAUCAGAACUAACUGGGCAACACGAAAGCCACCUGCUCCUAAAAGUACACAAGAAAACAACACAAAACAACUGAGAUUUGAGGAUGUAGUAAAUCAGUCAAGCCCCAAAAACUGUACUGUCUAUUGUGGAGGAAUUGCCUCUGGAUUAACAGAUCAGUUGAUGAGACAGACAUUCUCCCCUUUUGGGCAAAUUGUGGAAACCAGAGCUUUUCCAGUUAAAGGCUAUUCUUUUGUGAGGUUUUCAACUCACGAAAGUGCAGCACAUGCGAUUGUUUCAGUCAAUGGAACUACAAUUGAAGGGCAUGUUGUUAAAUGCUAUUGGGGCAAAGAAACACCGGAUACAACAAAAGACUUCCAGCAGGUGGAGUACAGUCAAUGGGGACAGUGGAGUCAGGUUUAUGGGAAUCCACAGCAAUAUGGGCAAUAUGUGACAAAUGGAUGGCAAGUGCCAUCUUAUGGAAUGUAUGGUCAAGCAUGGAAUCAACAAGGCUUUGGCAUUGAUCAAACACCACCUGCAACCUGGAUGAGUGGAUUUGUUGCUCAGCCUGCCCAGGGACAAGCUGCUCCGGUAAUACCUAAUCAGGCUGGCUAUGGUAUGGCAAGUUACCAAACACAGUGAGCUAGAACUCUGCUUAGAAGUGUGAUUUCAAGACAGGUUUCAUUUUCCAGUGAUUUUUCUGAAGCCUGAAAUACAGACACUGGGGAGACGAGGGAAAGGAGGCAAAAGGGGAGGGGGCCAAGAGAGAGAGAGAAAGAAAAAAAUAUUUAUUUUGAAGAAUGAAAAUGUUUGGACCUUUAACACAGCAUUUGCUUUGAUGAAGGACACAAAUAUCUUCAAUUUAUGCCUUUUUAAGUUUUGUUCAUGAUGGAUAUGAACAGGUUUUCUUUAUGUACAAAAUUUAAAAUAAAGUCAUUGAAAACAA